AUGGAAAGCAGUCAGCGUCGUAAACAUUUCAGUGAUUUGCAAGAUUUGGACAUGAAAAUUAUUGAAGGCAUCCCUUGGGCAGAAGAAAUGUGGUCCAUUUUAUUGAAUGGCUUGACCAAAACUUUCCUGAACUGGACUAAAGUAGCAUGCAAAAUGGGCAAGAAAGAAGAGGAUAUGAAGGAGUGGGUAGAAACGUUUAUUGAACACUAUGAAGAUACCUGCUGUGAAUUGGUUUCUGAUAUAGAACAUUUACAAAGCAGUCUCAUUGCAAGUAUUGAAGGGUCUCUUGAAAAAUUAGAAAAACUUUGUAAGGCCCUACAUGUUGUGAUGCCAGUCUUUGGACAAGGAAAUCUGGGUCUGUAUCAGGAGCAUUAUCAGUUGAAGAAUAUCAUUGAGGAAUAUGAGUUCAGGGUGGAAACCAAAAGAUCAGAGCUGAACAAGCUUCGCAAAAAACAGUUGGAUUUAUGUCAUAGCUUGGGUAGAGAUACUAGAAUCAUACAAGAUAAUCCACUUCCUACUGAAGAAGAAAUACAGGAAUUCAAGAACUAUUUGGAAAAUUUAGAACAGGAGCAGUUCAAUAGGUUUGAGAAAUUUUGUGACAUGAAGAAGGAAAUUUGCAUUAUAACAAAGGAACUCAAUUUCAAACCCUCCACUCUGUUUGAAAAUGAAAUUUUAUCCUCUGAUGAAUCAAAAUUUUUAUUAACUGAUGAAAAUAUGAUGGAACUAGCAAAUUUCUACAAUACUCUGAAGAAGGAGCAAGAAAAUGUCAGAGAAGAAAUAUCUGAGUUGAUUAGCAAAAUUGAUGAUUACUGGAACCUUUUGGAAAUACCUCUACUUGAGAGAGAAGAAUUUCGUCAGAAACAUUCAGGAUGGUCCUUUGAUGUUUUAGAUGUUCUAAGGCUUGAAGUGAGGAGAUGUGAAAAUCUUAAAAAGGCCAACAUCAAGAUAUUUGUUGAUAAGUUGAGACAAGAACUUGUACAAAUUUGGGACAAAUGUCAUUGUGUUGAUACAGUGAAACAUGACUUUUCUUUGUUCUAUUCUGACUGCUAUACUGAGGAUCUGUUAGAAUUACAUGAAUUCGAAUUGAAAAAAUGGGUGGCUUAUUAUGAAGAAAACAAGGAGAUUCUUGGUUUGCUGAAAAAGCACUCAAGGUUGUGGUCAAAAAUGAUUGAGCUGGAGAAAUCUGCUGCUAAUCCUGAUAGAUUCAAUAACAGAGGUGGACAGCUUCUCAAAGAAGAAAAAGAAAGAAACACAUUGUCAAAAGAAAUUCCAAAAAUUGAACAUGCUCUUGAGAAACUGGCUGAUACAUACAAUAGUCAUAAAGGUACCCCAUUCAAGACCUAUGGUGACACAGUUCAGGAUUACAUAGCAAAUUUACAUGCUGAAAGAGAGAAUGCUAAAAAGAACAAGUUGAGUACUAGAAAAUUGCAAAGAGAAAAUACCAUGCUGCUGACAUUAACUCCCAGCAAAUGUGUUCAGUCUUUGUUUCAUGGCCCCAGUUCUUCAAAGAGAAAGUUACCACAAACUCCACGAACUGCUUCCAGUAAAAAACCCAGAGCAACUCCUGGACAUACCCCAUCAAUUCCAAGAAAAGCCAAAAUACCAUCUAUUGUUAUAUCAUCAGUCAAUAAUUCAAAACGUCAUUCUAUAGAACGUAAAAAGAGACUAGAAAAAAUAAGAAGGAGGAGUGUUUUGAAAGCAGAAAAUUGUGCUCAGAUAAUGUCCAAUACCCAGUCCACUGACUACAUGGAUUUUGAGAGUGAAAUUUCAGUUAGAAAAGAUUGUAGAAGUACCAUUAAUCCUUUUGCUAAAUCUUCUGAGGAACAUCUUCAAACUCCUGUUGCUAGUAGCACCAAGGGUCAGCUUACUCCCAAGCAUUUACUCUCUAGAAGGGAUACACCAAGUAAACCUUUUUCUCCUGGUAAAAGUAAAACUAAUUUAACAGCAGCCAAGUCAAAUCUCAAGCUUAUAUUUUGA